AUGCCUGUCUUCAAGUCCCAGCAGCCACCCAUCGACGUGCCAUGGCAUCUGCCGGUGUGGACGUGGCUGUUCGAGUCGGAAUAUAGUCCUCUGCGGAACUACAAGCCAGACGAGAUCCAAGGAUACACCAACGCCGUUACAAAAGAGCACCUAAGCUAUGCCGACCUGAAAGUCCAUAGCACGCACCUCUCCACCGCGCUGGUUCGGAAAUAUGGACUCCAACAAGGACAGACUGUGGCUCUCUUCUCCCCAAACACAGUCUGGUACCCAUGCGCAAUGUUCGGUACCCUGCGAGCAGGUGGCGUGGUCUCGGGCGCGUCGCCGGCCUACAAUGUGGAAGAAAUGAGCUAUGCGUUGAAGACGGCCGAAGCCAAGUUUCUCUUCACCGUCCCUGGCAGCAUGCAAGUUGCGGCUGCAGCCGCCAGAACCGCAGGAAUCCCCCAAGAGCGGGUUUUCCUGCUCGAGGGUCAGAUGCAAGGCUUCACCACCAUGUCCGAGCUGCUGGAGAUCGGCAAAUCGUAUGGGUCUUCCGGGCAGGUCGAGCCCUUCAAGCUGCCGCCGGGAAAGAAGAACAAGGAUGUCUGCGGCUAUUUGUCAUUUAGCAGUGGGACAACCGGGCUUCCCAAAGCCGUCAUGAUUGCACACUCCAACGUGAUCGCCCAGUGUUUGCAGAUCAAACAGAUCACUCCUGACACGUUACGCCGGAUCCUGGCCGUGCUCCCUCUAUUCCAUAUCACGGGGCUCGUCCAUCAACUACACCUGCCUAUCAUUCUCAACGCAAACGUCUACAUGCUUCCCGGCUUCGCCAUGGACUCGAUGUUGGCGACGGUGCAAGAAUACAAACUCGAGGAGAUGCUUCUGGUCCCGCCCAUUCUCAUCCGCAUGAUCCGCGACGAGGACACUCUGAGUAAAUAUGACCUGAGCUCCUUGAGGCGCUUCUCUUCCGGCGCAGCACCCUUGUCGGCGGAGAUCUUGGAACUCCUCAAAAGACGCUUUCCUGGCACGGGCUUCAAGCAGGGCUACGGCAUGACCGAGUCCUGCUCGUGCAUCACAGCACAUCCGCCGGAGAAGUACGACUACAAAUAUGCAUUCCGCGUGGGCACAAUCGUGGCGUCCACCGAAGUCAAGCUCAUCGAUCCCGAAACGGGCAAGGAGUGCGGGCUCAACGAGCCGGGCGAGAUCUGGGCUCGAGGACCACAGAUUGUCAUGGGGUAUCUAAACAACAAGAAGGCCACGGAAGAAACAUUCGACAAGGACGGCUUCCUCCAUACCGGAGAUAUCGGCUCCAUCGAUGAGGAAGGACUGAUCACCAUCACCGACAGACUGAAGGAGAUGAUCAAAGUCAAGGGCAUCGGGGUUGCGCCCGCGGAGCUGGAGGACCUUCUCUUGGGCCAUCCAGAUGUUGAGGACGUGGCUGUGCUGGGCAUCCCCGACGAGUAUGCAGGCGAGCGGCCCAAGGCGUACGUCGUGCCGAUCCGGUCGAAACGUGCCGAUGCCCAAGGCGUGGGCCGAAAGCUCAUCAAGUAUGUACAAGACAAGAAGGUCAGACACAAGUGGGUCAAGGAGAUUGAGCUUGUCGAUGAGAUACCAAAGUCGCCGAGCGGAAAGAUCCUGCGACGUGUGUUGAGGGACACGGCCAAGCAUGGAAAGAAGGGCAUUGUGGUCAGGGAUGAGAGGAGCAGGGCACUGCUCUAA